AUGUCAUCAUCAUCAAGCAACUUGCAAAAUCAACUCUCUCAGAGCAAAAAAUUCAAAAACGCUCACUUGAAUUCCAUCACUCAACUCUAUCAAUCCCUCGAAAAACAAACACAAUUGUUGCUCGAGAAGGAAAAAGAAUUGAACAAGAAAGAACAAGAAUUGAAACAACGAGAAACAAAUCUCUCCAAAUCGGAGCAAGAAAUGAAAGUCAAGAAGAUUAAAUUCGAAGCUGAAUUGGAAGAAUCUAAAAAACAAAUGUUGGCUGAUUUGGAAGAACGCGAAAAAAGAAUUUCUGAAAUUGAAGAAAAACUUUCAAAAUCAACAACUGUAACAUCUCGACUCAAAUCAAAGAAUCAAGUUGUAAAGCUGAAUGUCGGUGGAACUAUCUUUGCAACUACUUUAAGCUCUUUAUUGAAUGAAAAGGACACAUUCUUUACUGGAUAUUUCAGUAAUCAUUUCGCUCCAACUCCUGAAGAAGAUGACAAUGCAUUCUUUAUUGAUAGACCAAGUUCACAAUUUGGAUUGAUUUUGGAUCAUUUGAGAGGAUUGAAUAUUGAAAAGAAGAUUGCAUUAUUGAGUGAGAAAAAGUUAAUGGAAUUUGUUGAAGAAGUUGUUUAUUAUCAAGUGACAAGUAUAUAUUCAUUAUUACCUCCAAAAGGAAAGAGAAUGUUGAAACACGAUUUUAACGUAGUAUGGGACAACAUGGGGCCACUAGUUGAUAUUCAAUUUGAUCCAAAUUAUUGUUCAUCUAAUUUACAAUUAUCAAAUGGAAAUAAGAGAGUGAAAAAAGUUGGUAGUGUUGGUAGUAAUGCAAUGGUUAUUGGAACUGACAUGGUUGAAGAAUAUUCUGUAAAGCUGAUUGCCAAUUGUCACAAUUAUGUACUAAUUGGAUUUGCUCCAAGACAUAGUAAUAUCAAUGCAACCUCUCUGAACUACUCUGACACAAAUGGAUAUUACAUUGCAACAUAUGACGGAAAUUUAUACAGCACAUCAAAAUACGAUGAAAAAUAUGCUCAAGAACAAGUUAAAGAUGGAUCUAUGAUUACAUGUAUACUGAAAGAUAAUAUAAUAUCAUUUAAAGUGAAUGGAAAAGAAUAUGGAAAGGCAUAUGAUGUUCCUUCCAAUGUUUCUCAACAAUUAUAUCCUGUAAUACUACUUCCUAAUGCCGUUGGAUGUGAAUUUGAAAUUGUUUAG